GAUCCAAAGAAACACAGACAACAUCUCAAUGGGGCAUUUAUAUGAGUGACAAAAGUCCACUCUGAUCCAAGGCAGUGAAUUUUGACCGGCAGUGGACGUGACCUUGUUUUAUUUUGUGGGCGGCAAAAUAACAGUGGAUCACACAUUUUUAGUGAAUUACUGCAGUGAACAAUGACUUCCAGGAGACCAAUGACUCGCUCUUUUUCUGCCAAUGGGAGGACAAGCAGUUUCAGUGAAGAGGACAGUAGCUCUUCAAAUGGCCGUCCUGAAACCCGCAAUAAUUACCUAUCAAAUGUGAGGCCUGAAAACAGCUAUUCAAGGUAUUCUCACUACAGGCCGAUGAGGAGCACGUUGUGCACCGUCAUGUCUCAGCUCACAGAGGACAUACAGCCUUCCUUUGAGACUACGCUGAAGUCAAAGGCGGUGUCUGAAAACUGUAACGCUAAGUUCACCUGUGUUGUAACAGGUUAUCCGGCCCCUGAACUAAAAUGGUAUAAGGAUGAUAUGGAAAUGGACCGUUACUGUGGACUUCCAAAGUAUGAGAUCCGCAAAAAUGGAAAAAUUCACACUCUUCAUAUUUAUAAUUGCACACUGGAUGACGCAGCUAUCUACCAGGUCUCAGCUAGCAAUAGCAAAGGCAUUGUCUCCUGUUCUGGGGUUUUGGAGGUCGGCACCAUGAGUGAGUUCAAGAUUCACCAGAGGUUCUUUGCCAAGUUGAAGCAGAAAGCGGAAAAUAAGAAAAAAGACUUGGAAGAGCACCCCAAGAAGGAGAACAAGAAACAUAAUCAGAGAGAGGAACCACAAGUUAAUCCGGAGCCUCCUCCAAGGAAACGCCCUGUUCCGCCACCGGAGCCGGUCCAAGCAACCAAGGAGCAGCUGGGGGCUGCCAGAGAGGUCAAUGGAGUUAACUCUUCUGACGUCAAAGAAACAGCCCAUGUGGCACAUUUGGACAAUAGUCUGGAGAAGGACAUACCGGCCUCCGAGGAACUCUUGGCUAAAAAGAAACUAAAUAUCACCAAUGGUGUCGAUGCUGGUGUUAACACAACCACAAACAGCAGCGAGAGCAGAGUCCAGAUGAUGGUGAACGGAGGUGAAAACCACUAUGACGGAGGAAUCGGCUUGGCACAGUUUCUGUCAGAGACACUCCAAACCCAGGCAGAUGAAGAGAGCCAAACCACCCCACAAGUAGAACAACCACAACAGAUGGAAUUAUUAAUCACAAAUACUAGUAAAGAGAAAGAAGAACGUGAAAGAAAACAGACAGAAAAGGACGAGCAUGAAAUGACAAAAGAAAAAGAAUAUUUUAUAGAAAGGGAGAGAGAGAAGGAGGAACGGUUGCAGGAAGGGUCCCAACCGGCAGAGCAGCCAAAACAACCUUCAGAGGUCAAACAUCACAGAAAAGCUCACAAGGAUCACGACCAUCAUAACAUCCAGGAAACCUUCUCGUCCAUGCUGCACACUGUCAAAGACUUCUUCUUUGGAAAGGGCAAAAGGGACUCUUAUGAACACAUUGAAAACAAAGAGAAAGAUCAUGACCAGCUCCCCAACUCAAUCCAGCCUGAAUCUCUACAAUCACAAGCAUCGCCUUCAUAUCGGCCGCACAGGAAGCCUCAGCCAGAGGUGGAAAAACCUCCUACGGAUCAAGUUGUACCUAAGCAAAAGGAACUUUCACAGUGCGCAGAUAUAGACCAAGGGUCGCAAAAGCUCAUGACUGCUCAUGAACAUGAGGUUGUACAAUCAUCAGCUCUUGAAUUACCGACCAAGAGCACAAAGGAGCCUACAAGACGGACUAUGAAGGUGGCUGAUGAACCGGUUGAGAACGUGAAGGUAUCAUUAGAGGAAGAGAUCAGAGUACUAGGUGAAGACCCGCCAUUGUCCGGCCUUCAUGUUUCCACUGAGGAGAAGACCAGCGUACCUGGCGUAAACCCACGCAAGCACAGGGAAAACAUGAAAACUCCACAGAAAGAGGACCAAACUGAGAUUCAAACCCAGUACCACUUGAAUGUUGCAGAGCAAAACACGAAAGUGGUUUCAAGGGUGGAUAUGGUUCUCUCACCCAAACAAGAGCCAGAUUCUCUCAUAGCUUCACUGCAGCCUCAUCACCCCAGUGCAAGAGAAGAGUUUACAUUUGGCAAAGAACUGCAUGUCUUUCCACAGAGCCAAACCUCUUGUGACAAAAGUUUCCCUCCAAAAUCCAACCUUUUAGAAGUUAGUCAGGCUCCCUCUCCCAGAGUUAUUUUAGCUAUGGAGGGUAGUGACCUGAUUCCCACAGAGCUUUUGCAGGGAGGAGGGACACAUGUUGAUGAGAUGGACAAAGAAGGUGGACCUGUCAAAGACGUAGACGACCCUCCUAAGAAAUUGUGUGUGAAAGAGAAAACUGAAGUGAAAUCAAAUGAACUGCCCUGCUCAGAUAUAAAGAGACCUCAGGUGACUGAAUCAAUGCUGCGUUUGCUGAAAGAGACAAUUGAGACGAUGGAAAACCAAACACCAAAUCAGACACUUUCUUCUUUCCCUGAUACGGAGACAAGCAAUUCACAGAGCGAGAAGGUUGAAAAUACUUCAGUGACGCAGGAAACUAAUGUAGGGUUUCCACCUACUGCCGCCCCAGCGAUGGGUGACCUAAAAAUGCCUGAGAGUACUCAGCCUCUAGCGGAUGAAAGCAAAGCAGAGCGAAGCCACAGACUACUACAAAGUUCAGAGUCAGGUUUUGGUAAGAGUGAGACAGGAAGCGAAAAGAAUGAUAAAAUACCUGAUGCUAUACUAAAAGAUGUAGAGAAUUCAGUCAACAUUCGGAAAAAACAAGAGCUUGUCGGAGAACUUAAUGAAGUAAAGGAUAAGGGUACAGAAAUGGAGACUGACAGGAAACCACCAGCAGAAGCCAACAAUGUGGAUGAAGAGCCAAAGAUCUUCAAAGUGGCACAAAACAAACUAGAUGAAACUAGUGUUGUGGAGAAAAAUAAGGUGCAUGAAAACAGUCAUGAGAAACCGCAAAGUCCCCCAGAAAGAGUUGCACUUGCAUCAUUGUGUAUUGAGAACACAACAGAUUUCAAAGAACCUGUGUCAAAUGUAAGCUUAAAUGAAUACUUUGCUAUCCCAAAGAUUGACAUUAUAGAGCCUGAAGUCAAACAAUUCACUCUUCCGCUGACUAUAUUAGCGCUCAACAAGAUAGAAUCAGAGCCAGGUAUUUUAGAAAAACACAUAAAACCGCAGGCAAUAGCUGGUAAUGUUGUUGAUUCCUCGUUGCCCAAGCAGAAAAUUGUGCGUGGUGAUGAUAACCCUCCACCCACGGAUAAAGCGGACAAACUUGAACAAUUGGAAAUCCAACCAGAAAUAGCUGAGCCAGAACAUACAAGCAUAAAAGCUAUUGAGCAACUCCCCCAAGUGAACCUCAGAUCCAUUCCCCAAAUAAAUGUUUCAUGCAGCGAGGAUAAGGAGAAUCAUACAUUCAUGAACACCUGUGUUUCGGAUUCCCUACCACCCUUUGAAACGCCAACUGUGCCAUUAUUUGUGGUGCCGCCUAUUUCUGUCACUUGUCACGAGAAUGAAAGUGAACUAAAGAAGCCCAGUCACAGUGAGUGGAUAGAAACUGAAACCUCAGUGUCAAUGCGUGGUACCGCGAGCGACAUGGCAGCAAAGUCGGAAAAACCUAGAGAAAACAUGGCAGAACAGAGUUUCACUGAGACCACUUCCUCUAUGCCAAAUGAAGCUGUGGUACAGCGGGUGAAUGACAAAGGACUGCCAAUCAGUAGAAAUACAGAGGACAACAUUUCCCCUGAAAUACUCAAAGCAAAACCCUUAAAAGAGGGUAAGAUUGAGAAUUCUAUGACUUUCGAAGACUUCUUCAAAAGCAGGACCUCUGGAGAAAGACUCACACACAAACCCCCAACUCACCCAUCAUUGAGCCCCGGCAGUAUUCGCAAAUUUAUGACCAAGGCAGCUCAAGAUCUGGAAAUUGAUGCCGGGACAGGAGUCCCUGUCAUCACAGUGGAUGACCGCCAGAGUGACAGGACGGACGGGGAUCUAAGUGGCGGAUCGACACCCACGUCAACAACACCGACCUCAUCGCUGUCCUGUGAAAGCAGCCCAAGGAUUAAACGAAGGGACAGUCUAUCACUCAUACGCUCUGCCACGCCUGAAGAGUUGGCCUCGGGAGCCCGCCGCAAGAUCUUCAUCCCCAAACCUAAAGAGGAUGCAGACAUAGCUCCUGGAGGGCUGGAAGCGCAAAACAAGAAGGAGACCCCUUACAUGUCCCCCAGCCAGGCUCGCAGAGCAGCAUUGCUCCAAGCCCCUGUUGGACAAAAUACCCCACCAAUGGAGAGGCGCUCUCCGCUGAUGAGUCGCAGGAAGGCCACACUGGAGGUACCAAAGGUUGUAGAGGAGCCGCCGAAAGAUGAGCCGGUGAAGGCAGUAAAGGAAGAGAAAGUUGCUGAAAAGAAGUACGACCCUCUGAAAGCGCCACAGAUCAUCCGUAAGAUCAGAGGGGAGCCUUUCCCAGAUGCCUCCGGACACCUGAAGCUUUGGUGCCAGUUUUUCAACGUCAUUGCCGACUCCACCAUUAAAUGGCUCAGGGAUGAAGAGGAAAUUCUGGAGGUCAAACGAAGCGCAGGGGAUGAAACCCAGGUAGCCCUGGCUAUUGUCCUGGCCUCAAGCCACGACUGCGGCGUGUACGGUUGCACUAUAAACAAUGAGUACGGCACAGACACCACCGACUUCCUUCUCAGCGUAGAUAUUCUGUCUGAUAUACUUCUCAGAGAGGAUUUGGAAGUUGGAGAAGAGAUAGAGAUGACGCCGCUGAUGUUCACCAAAGGUCUCGCCAACUCCGGCAACUGGGGUGAUAAGUACUUUGGCCGCAUCAUGACCGAGAUGGCGAACAUUGGCGACGGUUGCGGCCAUAAAGCCAGCAGAGUAAAGGUCAUCUACGGCCUCAAUCCCGUCUUUGAGUCAGGAAACACGUGUAUCAUUAAGGUUCAAAACCCCAUCGCCUACGGGACCAAGCAGGAGUGCAACCUUACGGACAGAAACAUGGAGAUUACAAAACAAGAAUGCAAAAUCCAGAACAUGAUCCGAGAAUAUUGUAAGAUCUUUGCAGCUGAAGCGAGAGCGAUUGAAAAUUUUGGCUCUUCCCUCGAAGUGAUUCCUCGGUACCUGAUGUACCGCCCCGCGAACUCAGUGCCGUACUGCACGGUGGAGGCUGACCUCAAGGGGGUGUUCCUCAGGUACUGCAUGACGGAUCCCAAAGGCCGACCGAUUGCGCAGACCGUCUCUGAGAUGGAGCAGAAAUGUUGCAGCUUGCAGCACUGGAUUCAUCAGUGGACACAUGGCAACUUACUGAUCACUCGCAUGGAAGGUGUUGAAAAUCAGAUUACAAAUGUUCGAGUCGUAACCAAGACUAAAGGAUACCAGGGCCUGACAGACAGCAGCUCCCCGGAUGUCUUCGAGCAUUUCCUGACUGUCCACCAGUGCAACUACUACUGUGGACUUCUCGGCUUGCGCCCACUCAAGACCGCGGACAGCCUGCAGCAGUCCGCCAAGACCAAGAGCUCCAGGAGUCCCUUGCUGAACCGCAAGUUGACUCCCGGCUCCGGCAGCCCGCAGCUGCAGCGUAAAGGACUCAGCCCCCAGACGGCCCGAAAGGCUAACUCCAGCCCGAAGGUGCCGAGGAAGAUGGAAGGGAGCGACUCAAACGACAAAGUCAAAAUUGUCGAAACCACUGAUGUGCUUGAAAUGAGGUAGGAAAGUGUUUUAGACCGUUCUCUCUAGUUACAAGCCAGAAUGAACUAAGAAGUGAGUUUCUUGUCACGACUGUGAAUAACUAGACAUCUGUCUACCUGCCAGACAGUUGACUAGAUGAUAGAACAUUUACAGGUUUUGAACUCUGGGUCCUAUUAAAAGUGACCAUACGCUACUGAAUCCUCGCAAACACGUGCUUCAGAGUCUUAUCAGCUCUAUGAGUGGACUCUCGCAGCUCGAUUUGUUCCAACAGCAAUGACUGACUUACUUUAAAAACAACAAGUCACAUGUUUGUGUUUUGUUUUAAAAUUGCACAUUUUGAAAUGUCCACGUUACACUCAGCAUGUUUAUCUUUAAUGCAAAAUCUGUGGCAACAACAACAACAACAAAAAAGAACACUGCAAAUCUGAGCUCAAUUACCAUCAAAUUUGGACCUGCACAACUUUAUGAAGCUAAUACUGCUAUGUUUUAGAUCAGGGGUGUCAAACUAAUUUUAGCUCAAGGGCCGCAUUGAGGAAAAUCUGCGCACACGCGGCCUGGACUAUUAAAAUCAUGGCAUUAAAACAAAAAAAUUAAGUGAACUUCAGAUUGUUUUCUUUGUCUUACUUUGGCCAAAAAUAGAACAAACACAUUUGGAAAAUAUUACAAUAAAAAUAUAGAAAAAAAUAUCAGCAGCGGUAAAGUUUAGAUCCAUGAAGGGAAGAAGAAAGUGAAUGAAUGUUUAUAUUAUUUAUUGGUGGCGGUAUGGCGUAGUGGGCAGAACGGCCGUGCCAGAAACCUGAGGGUUGCAGGUUUGCUCCCCGCCUCUUGACAUCCAAAUCACUGCCGUUGUGUCCUUGGGCAGUACACUUCACCCUUGCCCCCGGUGCCGCUCACACUGGUGAAUGAAUGAUGAAUGAAUGAUAGGUGGUGGUCGGAGGGGCCGUAGGCGCAAACUGGCAGCCUCGCUUCCGUCAGUCUACACCAGGGCAGCUGGGGCUACAAAUGUAGCUUACCACCACCAGGUGUGAAUGAAUGAUGGGUUGCCACUUCUCUGUGAGCGCUUUGAGUAUUUAAUAAUAGAAAAGUGCGAUAUAAAAUCGAAUCCAUUAUUAUUUAUUAUUAUUAUAACUGAAUACAUUUACAUAUGCAUAAAAAUGUGUAUUCUUUUGUAUUGUUUUUUUAAUUAAUUUAGUAACGUUUAUUACAACCUUUUUCCAAAACACAAUAUACAGUGUGAGAUAUAACAGGAUAAUGCAUACCUUUAUCAUUUGUUUAAAAAAAAAAAAAGUUGGACCCCAAAAAUUUACUGUGGGACCCCAUUUGUAUGACUUGAUGGGGUCCCAUUUUGAAAAUUCCUAGCGCCAACACUGAUGCAGUAUUGGUGCGUGCAAAACAGCAGCAGGCGACUCUGGCCUGCAGGUCGGUUCUAAUACUAAUCAAAUAUCAUCCCGGGCGCCAUAGAUAAUUCAUUUGCGGGCCGGAUCUGGCCCACGGGCCUUGACUUUGACACCCCUGUUUUAGAUUAUCGGAGAGGGUAUGUUAGCUUUGCACUGCAUCAAACUGAGAGCUGUUUUUGAUAUUUUCUUACCUCAUUUAGAUGCACAAUAUUACAACAAAACACUGCAAUUUAUAAUAGCACAGUUUAAUUCUGCAGUUGUGCUUGCUUUAACCACCUAUCACAGUCCUUCCAAGCCAAAGUAAGGUGCUUACAGAUCAAUUAUGCUAUGAUGCAGCUGGUUGAUAUGUUGGCAGCUAAAAAAGCUGCUGAGUGAGUUCCAACGCUGUUAUCUGGACCUGACCCAUGGACGGACUGGGCAAAGUAACAUUAAAAACAGCCGACUCAGAAUUGUUCCCAAGGAUUUCGACUGACUAUGCUAAGCACCUCAGGUACGUCAGCAGUAGCAGUAAGCGCAAUACUACUUCCACUUGAACAUUUCUUAUCUCUGGCACCAGUUUGCACGUGUUUUGCAAAGACGGGAAGGGUUUUGUUUUCGAAUCCCACUCAGAGCAGUCAUCAGGAAUGUGUGGAAUAGAUUGGGGGUUAAUAAUCAAUAGGAAUCCUCAAAUGAGCCACUGGAGUUGCUUGGAAAACAAUCCUCACCCCCAUGCAAUAAAUAUGAAACGCAAUUUACAAAACGGGUUUGGUAAAAAAAAAAAGCUGUUCAAAAGGACUAAAAAAUAUGCAAGCAAGUGAGGGACAAAGAUGUGCCUUUUUAAUGUUUGGUCUGUUACACCAUGUCAAACUAAUGUAUUUUCUAUUUUUAAUAAAAAUG